ACUCGCUAUUUUAUAGCAAGGUUUUUAUAAAUAAUCUAACACAAUGAUGACAACAGAAAAGAAACUCGUUUUAAGCUUUAUUGAUUUUUUAAAGGAUCAAAUAGUGGUAAAUAAAUCUUCACCAGAUUCUGUUGAAAGUUUAGAAGUUGCCAUACAGUGUUUGGAAAAUGCGUUUGGGGUUACGGCAAAUGAAUCUACUGAUUACAUGAAAUGUGGGUCUACGAAAAUCCUAGAUAUAUAUAAAAAAAAUAUUGACAAGGAUAUAAAAUUAAUAUCACCAGAGCAAAAGACAGAAGCAGAUGAUCAUAAAAAUAAAGGGAAUGAUUUGAUAAAACUAGAAAAUGCUCAAGAAGCUUUAGAACAUUAUAACAAAGCUAUUUUGAUUGAUGAUUCGGAUCCAAUAUAUUAUUGUAACAGAGCCGCAGCUUAUUUGAAGUUGAACGAUGUGAAUAAUGCUAUAAAGGAUUGUCAAAAAGCUCUCCAGCUUAACCCAUCAUAUGGCAAAGCAUAUGGCAGAUUGGGCUUAGCCUAUAUAGCUGCUGAAAAAUUUACGGAAGCCAAAUCCUGUUACGAAAAAGCUCUCUCGCUAGAACCUUCCAAUGAGAGCUACCAAAAUAACUUAAAAAUAGUAAUUGACAAAUUGGCCGACGCACACAUGACAACAGACAAAUCGGGAACCGCCCAAUCCAUUCCUGGUGGGAUGGGCUGUUUAGGAAACAUAUUUGGGAUUUCGGGGGCCGGCGGUGUCGGAGGCGGAAGCACUAAUUGUGCCAAUAAUCUAGAUUUCGGUGCCAUGUUAAACAAUCCAGCACUGAUCAAUAUGGCCACUAAUCUUAUGGCAGACCAUAAUAUUCAAAAGGCUUUAUCAGGUAUGUUAAAUAAUACUACUACUACUACCUCUAACUCACCUGGCAAUUUGGACGCAUUUCUAAAUAUUGGUCAACAGCUGGCCUCUCAGAUUCAAAAUAGGAAUCCAGAAUUGAUAAGUCAAUUAAGGAAUCAAUUCACCAGCCUAAAUCCACCACCUCAUGACCCUCAAAGCGCCGAGAACAUUACAAACAUCAAUCAUCACAAUUCCUCAUCAAACGAAACACCGCUUGAUCCGAAGCCUAAGAAUGCAGAUGGUAACAAUAAGGGCGAUGGCGAGGCUGAAAAUAAGAAGAAUCAAUAAUAUUUAAAAAGAUUAUGUUACAUAAUAAAGUUUAAUUCAAAAGGAAUAAUAUUUGUGUUAUAUAAAAAUGCUUUUAUAUUUCACGCUUAAAUAAAUGUAAAAUUAUUGAA